AUGAGUCUCGCCUACGCUAUCCUGCUCGCGUCUCUCUUUCUUCUCGCGUAUUUUUUCGUCAGAAAUCGCAGAAGAAUGCGCCGCCUCCCUCCCGGACCCUGGCAGCUUCCGAUCCUUGGCUACCUUCCGUGGAUCGACACGGAGAAACCGCACGAAAGUCUCACGAAACUGGCCAGAACUUACGGCCCCAUCUGCGGGCUUCGUAUGGGUUCGGUCUAUACUGUUCUCCUCUCGGACCCGCGAAUAAUCAAGCAGGCUUUCGCGAUGGACGCGUGCGCCGGCAGAGCUCCACUGUACCUCACUCACGGAAUUAUGCAAGGAUACGGACUGGUUUGCGCCGAAGGCAACCGAUGGAGGGACCAAAGGAAAUUCGUUAGUAUCUGUUUGAGAAAUUUCGGGAUGGUGAAGCACGAUGGACCGAAGAGAGACAGAUUGGAGAAGAGGAUACUGGACGCCGCGAACGAAUGCGUAUCGAAACUCGAGCAACGAUCGACGGACGGGCCGAUCGAUCCCUUGGACACGCUCCAUCACUGCAUGGGCAAUCUGAUCAACAGCAUCGUUUUCGGGAAAACGUACGAGGAGAACGAGCAGGUUUGGAAAUGGUUGAGACACUUGCAAGAGGAGGGAGUGAAGCAUAUAGGCAUCGCUGGACCGCUCAACUUUUUGCCUAUCCUCAGAUUGUUGCCGCGAUACGGACAAACGAUACGACACAUCCUCGACGGAAAGGAGAAGACGCACCGAGUAUAUCGCGGUAUACUCGAUGAACAUCGUGCCAGGACCGCGCCAACAACCCCAGGAAACGAAAGCUUCUUGGCGGCGUUCGAUGAACAGAUGAGAAAGGAGAACACGGACGAUAGUUAUUUUACGGAGUCGCAACUUUAUCAUUUGUUGGCUGACCUAUUCGGCGCUGGAACGGACACAACUUUGACGACCCUCCGGUGGUUUCUGCUUUUCAUCGCCGUACAUCCGGAUGAACAGGAGAAACUUCGGUUAGAGAUGGAUCGGUGUUUGGAUGCCGGUGAAGAACCGACUUUGAAGGACAGAGACUCCAUGCCAUGCUUCGAAGCUGCUUUGGCCGAAGUGCAACGACUCAGAAGCGUCGCCCCACUCGGUAUUCCCCACGGAACGUUGGAGGAUACGCAAAUAGGCGAAUACGACGUGCCGAAAGGGGCCAUGAUCGUGCCGGUGCAAUGGGCCGUUCAUACCGAUCCUGCUUACUGGCAGGAUCCACUCGAGUAUCGACCCGACAGAUUCCUGGCCGAGGAUGGAACCUUCUUCAAGCCGGAAUCGUUUCUUCCCUUUCAGACCGGGAAACGCGUCUGCGUCGGGGAGGAACUGGCCCGGAUGAUACUGUUUCUCUUCGCUGCUAGAAUAUUGCGCGCGUUGAAUAUAUCGGUACCGUCGAACGAAACGGUCGAUCUCGAAGGCGAUUGCGGCAUCACGCUCGUCCCGAAACCACACCGAUUGAUGUUCGUUGCGCGACAUCGAUGAUGGGCAGAACCGAUUCUGUAUUCAUACUUCCGCCUGCUGUGUAC